GCAUCGCCGCUGUCUGUAACCGGGAAUGAAUCCGCGCGUCGCGUUGCAGAGGAUGCACAUUGUACAGUGAAACAGCAGGACGCGUUUCUUCGCGGAGAUGCGCGGAAUGGCGCGUUUGUCUUCGUCUUGGUGAUAUUUGUGUCAGCACACAGCCUGAGGAUGAUCACUUCUGACAAAUACAUGGAUUGUCAUGCAGUAUAUCUAAGAGCAUGACUCUCAGUCAGCACUAUGGACAGCAGUAUCACAAUUACAGUUAAAAACUACUAGUUGAGUGAACAUGAAGGAGGUGUGUCGCAUCUGUGCCCGCGAGCUGUGUGGUAACCAGAGGAGAUGGAUCUUUCAUCCGGCCGGCAAACUGAAGCUGCAGGUGCUCUUGUCCCAAGCUCUGGGCUGUGACUUGCAGAGAGAUGGCCAAUGCGAAUUCAUCUGCAGCAAGUGUGCUUUUAUGCUGGAGCGCAUGUACCGCUUUGACACAGUCAUUGCCCGUGUGGAAGCCCUGUCCAUCGAGCGGCUCCACAGACUCCUACAGGAGAAAGAGCACCUGCGCCAGUGCAUUGGCUUGCUUUAUCGCAAAAACAAUCCACAUGGGACGUCCACGGCGGAGACAUCCGAGAUCCGUGACGCAAAGUACCUCACGCUUCUGCAGGAUGACAUGGUGUACUCCAUGUACGAGUCCUGGGCAGACGAUGAGGACCAGACUUUGGAGUGUAUCCACUAUACUCAGUCCUCAACUUGCCGCCGUUCACGAAGUUGCAGAGGUUGCAGAACGUUACGCGUUGCAGACUCGGACUACGAGGCCGUGUGUAAGGUGCCCAGGAAGGUGGCGAGGAGCAUGUCCUGUGGCCCAUCCACACGUUACUUGGCGAGCGACACAGAAAGUGCAUGCAGUGAGGAUCGGACUGUGACUUCGAGAUCUUCGGAUGGAGAUCAGACGCUCCGAGACUCAGUGGAAUCUCUGGAUAAGACCUUAGAUGCUUCACCCACCACACUUCCCCAGGAAUACGGAGAAACGGACGGAAGGAGCAAAGACAACCAAAGCUCAAGCUUUGUUUCAGAGGAUCACAUUGGGGUUGUCGGACGUCCAUCAGAGCUCGAGCUGGUGUCACUACUUCAGAAAUGUGCGUACAGACCAAUUCAGAGCCCUCGUGGAAGUAAACUUCCUGUUUUAAUAAAUACUGGGUUUUUCAGUGGACGAGUUAAGCUGGACAGUCCACAACUGUUUCAUGAUGGGACAGAAGAGACAGAUCUUCCACAUAUUCAGUUGGAUCCAGGGGUGAAUAUGGCUCAGCUUGAGGAGCUGUGGCGAGAUUUACAAGAUGAGUACAUGCCCUUCUACGUCCAGAAGGUUCCAAAGAGUCUGAUGGAGGAGCAGCAGUCGCAGCUAAAUCAGUACGAAUGCGCAGCUGGACAGUGUGUCAAUGAACUGCAGAAAGCGCAGCUGCAGGUUCAGUCGCUGCAGCAGAAGAUUCAUGAAAGCGAGGCCGGCAACAAGAAGCUGCAAGAGAAACUGUGUGAGAUGGAAACAGAGCUUCAGUCCAUCAGGCAGGCAGCACAGGACCAAGAGAGAACCAUCCAGAACCUGACGGACACUUUGAGCACUAAAGACUAUGAGACUCAGGAGUUGCAUCAUGUGAUUGAAGUUCAGAACCGAACAAUGCAGCACAUGCAGACUCCAGUGGACUCGGUGGACUCAGUUAUGGGGUUGCAGAGCUCUUUGUUCUUGUGUCAGCUGCAGUUGGAGGCGAGUCAGCGAGAUCACAGACUCGAUCAGAGACGCAUGGAAGAUCUGACGCGCUCUCGAGACCGACUGCAGGCUGACCUGCGAGACGCUCUUCAGCACAGAGAAACCACUGAGCAACACAAUCAGGAUCUGCGUAAGACGCUGGGGUGGUUGCGGUCUGAGCUGGAGGAGAAAACACGUGAGCUGAGAAAUCACGAGAUGAACGCUCGCUCAGAGAUCACAAACAAAGACAAAGUCAUCUCGGGACUCCAGCAGCGCCUGCAUCACAAACAUGCGCUGCUGCAGGAGUAUUCAGAGCUGUUGGAUCGCUCACACGACUCGACCGCAGCACCGAAGAGAGACGCAUUACUGGACGCGCUGAGGAGUCGCAUUAAAGACAGAGACAGCGCGCUAGAGGAUUCGAUCGAUGAGAAGUUUCGCUGUCUGGAAGAGAAAGACUGUGAGGUGCGUCGACUGCAACUGGCCCUUCGUGAGAAAGACCGAGAUCUGGAGAGACUGAACAACAUCCUGAACAAUAACAACGACACGAUCACGAGUUUGGACGGUCUGGUGCGCAGUAAAGAGCUGGAUCUGGAGAGAACGCAGGAAUCCUGCCAAAAACUCAAGAGUUUGAAACAACAGAGCGAUGAGAAACAUGCGCACGCAAUACGAGAGCGAGACAGCAUCAUACACCAGCUACAGACAGCUUUACACACACACAGCAAACAGACCGAGGAACUGAGGUCAGCGUUGUUAAAGAAGGUGUUGCCCGGCCCUGCUGACGUCCUACACGACCUGCAAUCUCAUCUGUCUGUAAAAGAGCGUCUGUUUCAGGAAGUGAUGUCAGAGCGCAGCAGACAGGUACAGGAACACCACAGACAGAUCACAGAGCUGCUAGACAUCAUCAGCAGCAGAGAUCAAGACACACAGGAUUAUGGGAUGCGUUUGGGACAGGUGAUAUCGGAGCGUUCGGAUCAGGUGCAGGAAUUGCGCCGGCAGCUGUUGUCACGUGAACAGGAGCUGAAUGAAGCGAACAGAGAGCGUGAAAGAAAUGCAGCUGUUCCUGCGACGAGAGAGAUACAGACCCUUAAGAGUCUUCUGAAAGAGAAAGAAAACUUUAUACAGGAGCUUUUGCAGGUUCAAAGUGAGGUGAUAAUUAGCUCAACACCAGCAGAUUCAGCACCGGCAGUUUGUACGAGUGCCAAAGAUGAUCCUGAAAUACAAACCAUUAAAGAAGAAUUACAGCUGACUCUAAAGAAAUACAAACAGACUGAGGUUGAAGUGUUAGAGUUGCGCUCUGCGCUGGCAGCUGCACAUGAUGGCACCUUGACUUCAGAUUAUCAGUGUUUCCUACAGCAACUCAUGUCCGAACAGAAGAUCCUGAACGAAUCUCUAAGGUCCGAGACGACUCUUUAUCAGAACCUCAGACGCAUUCAGUGUGAGGGAGACAGCGAUGAUCUGCAUGAGGAACUGAAGUCACUUCAGGCACUUCGAGGGCAACUGGAAGAAGUUCUGGCGAGGACCCGAGCGACGGCUCUGGCUAUAGACCGGGCCGCUAGUCUGACACAGACGGAUUAUGGAGGUGGGACACAGCGGCAGAGUUGGGAAUCCAGCAGUGAUGAAGAUGAAGAUGAGGAAGAGCAUGAGAGCAGCAGUGAGGCAUUCACAGACAGCAUCGAGGAUGAGGAUGAGGUCGAACUCACAGCUCAGAGUUUGAGUGAUCCAACGAAUGCCAGGAUGUUUAGUGGACCGAUGAAUGUAGGGUUGUUGUCCCAAAACACAAAAGAAGGGGGACAAUGUGAAGAUGUAGACGCGGCAGAUGUGAUGAAUCGGGCCGAAUGCUCUUCACACACUAACUGCAGAAACACUCAACCCAGUCUGCAUGAAAGAAGAGCUGCGCCAAAUCAAAGUGAAUCUGGAUUACAACCGAGAUGUGAAUUGAAAUCUGGGUCAGAAUUAAGAGCAGUGGAUGAAGUAUCUGUGAAGUGUCAGAUGUUGGAGAAGCAUGAAACAGAUCAGACGAACUCCCAUGAGCUUCAAAGAGAUUACCAGGAGGAGGAGGAGGAGGAAGAUGAUGAUGAUGAUGAAGGCCAAGAUGAUCAGAUUCCUCUGGGCAAGCGCAGACCUCCGUGGAUGAAGCUGAAGGAGGGGAGGUGGAAGAGGAGGUGCACCAGACCACAUUCUCUGGACCUCGGAGCGCUGCUGUCACACAAACCUACAGAUCAUUGCAAAGCUCAGGAUGUGGAGGUGAUGCGUGAGGUCGAGGGGGACUGCAAGGGUUCAGGUGCUGGAGGUGGAGCCAAUGGGUUCUGGCAGCACGUGGAGGCGGGGCUUCGGGAGCAGGCGGAACAUCUUCGUAGUGACCUCGCCGUGAGUCGUCAGGAGAGUCGUGAUCUACAGGAGAGACUGAUGGUGUCUGAGGCGACGGUUCAUGCGCUCAAUGAACAGCUGAAAGAUUACAGGGAACUUCUGACGGAAAGUGCCGUUCAGAGGGACAGUAAACAGGUUCAGGUGGAUCUUCAGGAUUUGGGUUAUGAGACGAGUGGUCGAAGUGAGAAUGAAGCUGAGAGAGAAAACACCAGCAGCCCAGAACUGGACGAGUCUGAGAUGUGCAUCUCUCUCUCGGGUGUGGGGAGCAGACGGCGUGGUUGGCAUGGUACUCCGAUGGAUGAUGACCCCGCUUCUCUGAAGUGUUUGGUGCAGGACCUGCGUGCACAGCUCUCUCGCUGCCACAAAGUCAUCCGCAGCCUUCAACUGCGCGUGCGAUCGCUCUCGUCAACUUCAGACUACGCAUCAAGUCUGGAGCGCACGCCACGUAAGGUGAACUGGGAGUUUCAGGCCUCGACUGUUGUCAGUGCUGUAGACGAAGAUGAGGGAUGGCAGUCUGAUGGGCCGAUGAAGCCCAGUAAAGAGCUUCAGGAGCUGGUGAGUCGUGUGGCCGUGCUGGAGACCCAAAUGAAAAGCUCGAAAAUGGACGGGGAGAGUCGAUCGGAAGAGGGCAAAUGUGCCACUUGGCCUGGGAAGUACAACACACUGAUCCAGGCUCAGGCAAGGGAACUGUCACACCUGCGUCAGAGGAUGAGAGAGGGGCGGGGAAUCUGUCACAUCCUCACGCAACACCUGAGCGACACCACCAAAGGCUUUGAAGAGCUGCUGCGUGCCAAUGACAUCGAUUAUUACAUGGGCCAAAGCUUUAGAGAGCAGCUUUCACAGAGUUCCUCUCUCGCUCAGAGAGUCAGUAGCAAGAUCAGCGGACGUGAUCUUUCUGAGCAGCAGGAGGAGAAAGCACGUCGACAUGAGCUUCUAGCAUUGAGCAGGUUGAGUAAGGAGCUUCAACAGAAAGACCAAAUCAUCGAGUCUCUCCACACCAAGCUUCGACGACGACCUGACACGCCCUGCAGCAGCCACGCCCCCUCUGAGACAACAGACCAAUCAGAUCACGCUUCGUUUGUGUCUGAUGAAAGAGUCUCCACCAAUGAGGAUCUGGAUCUGUGUUCAGACAUGGAUGUGACCAGUGAGUUUGUACAGGAAGAGGUGGAGCCAAGACAAAAAGACACAGGUUUAUUUUUCGGACCCAUGUCCAGUUCCCAGCCCCUGACCCCAAACCAGUACUGGUCUGCUAACCUGACCUUUGACCCCAUCUCCUGUCUUGCUCUAGAGGGCAGGACUGUGAAUGGUCAAAGGCCACCAGUGAGAACUUUCAGUGCCCCUCAUUCACUCUACAGCUAUCAGCACCCAGCGCACAGCCCUCAUUCCUUCAGUUAUACACCACCAGUACCCCAUCAUGCACUGGGACAUAGUGGUGGCCCAUCUCUACAGACACACACAAACCUGAUGGAGAGCAGUGCAUUGUGGGGCUUGGGAAAUAUACAAGGCUUUGAUGGAUCAUCUUAUUUCCAGCAUGGGAACAGCCAAUCAGGUGUGGAUGUGAUUGAGGAACAUCUGCGAGAGAUUCGUUCUCUUCGUCAGCGUCUGGAAGACUCCAUCAGAACCAAUGAGAGACUGAGACAACAGUUAGAGGGACGUCUGUCCACAGUUGCACGAGAGACAGUGAGCAGUGAAGAGGUGGAGCAACUCCGUGAGGCUGUGCUGUCUGGCCGUGCUCGACUCAAGCAGGCGGAGUUAGAGGCGGAGCAAUGGAAGGAGGAGUUAAGGAGGCUACAGACGCACAACUGUGAUCAAAGUCAGCAAAUUCAACAGCUGCGACAGGAGCGACAAAACACUCAGGAGCAAAGCAAUAGGCUGCAGCAUGAGGUGAGUUUACUUCAACAACAGCUCUCAGAGAGCAGACAGCUCUUACGAUCUCUACAAUGUGAACUCCAGCUGUAUGAACGCGUGUGUGGAGGAAGAAAGAGCGCCCCCGCAGGGUGCGUGUGUGAGGUGCAGUACCCGUCAGUGGAAUUGCGGGAGUUGUUAGUGGAGAUUCGGGCUCUAAGGGUCCAGCUGGAGCAAAGCGUACAGGAGAACAGCGCUCUCCGCUCUCAGCUACAAAAACAGUUGGAUCAGUCCAUUGAACAGCGUCCGUCUCCCAUCAUUCCUGCCAGCCCGCUGAGAGAUGCACUUUACCGCAGACAGUUACUGCACGACCCGUCUCCUUCUCCUCCAGUCAGAGAUGUUGGUCCAUUUCCUGCUGGACCUCUGUAUUCACCAUACUCAGAGCUGGAGGAGAACACACUUAACACUAACGAUUCACUGGAGCCUCACAGCGAUCUUGAAGGAGAAGCUCCGGACGGCUCGUUCGCCAACCGUAACGGGCGUCACGCGAUUGGGCACGUGGACGACUACAGCGCGCUGCGGCAGCAGGUGUUGGAGGGAAGCGGUCUGACACGGCGGAUGGAGGCAGCGCUACAGUCCUGUCUUAACAGUGCACUGCUGGAGAUCAACACUGGGAAGGCACUGGAGUACAACACAGUGAAGACGCUGCUCUCAGACACGAAGAUUUUACGUCAGAUUCUGGACGAGGCCACAUCUCUACUCAAGAUGUUCUGGCGGGCGGCGCUACCGAGCGGCGACGGCCCCGCCCAUCUCAUCCAGAUGGAACAGACCAUGCGCAGCGAGAUCCAGUCAUUACAUCUGAGGAUCGCUGAACAGGAGGAAGUUCUGCAGGGAACCGUCCAGCGUCUGCGGAGUUCCAACCGCACUAAAGAAAGCAUGGAGACAUUUAUUGUUAACCAGUUGUCCAGGACUCGAGAUGUGUUGAAAAAAGCCAGAGCCAACCUUGAGGAAAAAUCCUCACAGGACCUUCUGAUCGGGGUCAUGUGACCCACUCUCGUUCUACGAUCACCAUGACAACAGCCAAUCACCGCCGCCUGUGAAGAAGUGCAGCAAGGAUGCUGUUUCACGGUAAACCAGCAGCCUCACCUCCUUCAUCGAGACCUCUCUGUCACUGAUCUCACAGACUGCCGCUAAAUUCCCUCCAGUAUCUGAGGGGAUUCAUGCAAAAACAGAAGGACAGGAACAUUUAAAGCACAAGCUUUUGAGUUCUGUCUCUGAUAAAUAACGUUCUGCUUUCGCACGCUUGUUAUAAAGAUUAUUGUAGUUGGCAUUAUUCAAUGCUAUUGACUGAAAUGGUAUGUGUAGUAUUUGCAUGUCAUAAUAAAAGUAAUAAAACUAAACUAGCGCCAGAUUUCGUGAGGUGAGCUUCACCGGAACGUGCCAAAUUUUGGAUUUAGUUUUUUACAUUUUGCCUUAACAGUGACAAUGCUCAAGGUGUCAAUGUAAUGAUAAACACUAACAUCAUAUUAACACAUUUGUUAGAUUGCUGAA